AUGCAUAAAUCUUGUGUAACAAAGAAAUCAUCACAUCAGUCCCUAUCGUUCGCAUCAUCAUCGUCGUUGGCAUCUGCAGCUGCAUCAGCAUCAAAUAUGUCUAGACGGAGUGAUCGUUUACUGCCUAUUCAUCCGAAUAAUUUGAACAAAGUGAUACGCGGGGAAUGGGAGUCAAUUUCACAAUGGUUAUGCGAUGUCCUGUCAUCUGGUGAUGUUCUGUGUGUGUGUGUGAAAUUAGUCCAGUAUUCAGUUCAAUUCAAAGAUUUAUUGACGUUUUUGGAAUGCGUCUAUCUAUCUAAAACGCAUCGAGUGGCUUCGAUUCGUUUAGUUGUAGCGUAUAUCUGCCGUCCAAAUAUUGAUACGCAAGUUAGUAACAGUGCAAUGGAAUCAUUAAAGAAACUAAUGAGUAAACCACACUCAUCUGCUAUGUCUAUUGACUGGAAAAUGUUUUUCGAUAUUUGUACAUGGGCUGAAGAAAGGUUGGAAACAUCAUAUCAAGUUGUUAAAUGGCCUAAGUCACGAAUUGAUAAACUGUAUCAUUCCAAUAUCGCUUUAUGUUCAAAAUUCUCUCCGAAGACGUUAAUUGAAGAAAUAUGGUUAACAUUGCGUCACAGUAUUUGUAGUGAUUUGAUUACUGGGUCGCCUUGUACGCUAUUGCAUAAAUUCUUGAUUUAUACACCAUUCUAUCCUAAAUAUUUUGAUGAUGAGAUUAGUCGUGUCUGGCUACCAGACAUAUUCGGUAUAUGGCAUAUCCAACCAAGUUGUAGAUCCCAUCAUGAAAUUGAAAUUAUCAUUGAAAUAUUAUGCAAAGUUUCACAUAUUGGUCGUGGACGUAUCGAUUGGGAACCGCAUAUGGAGCGUAUAUUCACUGCAGUGUUUCGAGGCAUUACGCUUGGAAAUACACCAUUGUCUUCUAGGCGGCCUGCUUAA